CGAGCGAGAGGCAGAACUUGGCACGGAGCUAAGUAGUGUUUUUGAGUACCCUAAUGCGAAUUAUCAUAGCGCAAUUUUAUCCGUGAACUGCGGGUUAUUCAUCUUGAUGUGUCUUCCACACUGCUUACCCCGCAGAAUACAUCAUUAACCCGGGCUGCUGGGUUAGUGGACGCUUUGGAAGGGGAUGCGGAGUGUAGGGAGAGAACAGAGGAAUGGAAAUUGAGGCAGAGUUACUGCUACAAGAGGCGAAGGAGAGCAUUGAAGCAGCCAAGAACUAUAAACGUGAGCUGCUGCAACGUCUUCAGGGUCUCAACCAAGCACGCAAACAGAUCAAAGGAAGUGCACUUCAGACAAGAGAAACACUCCAGCAACAUUUUAGUGACUUAAAAGCAACUUUUACCAAGUUGCUGAAUGACAGACUUGCAUGUUUGCUGCAGGAGGUUGAUUCAAUUGAACAGCAGAAUAUCAAACCCCUGGAAGACUGCCAGAAGCUAAUCCAACAUGGAGUUACUGCAGCAGAUGAUCUACUUCGAGAAGGAGAGGUUGCUGUGCAGUGCAACUCAGGGGAUAAGAAAGACAAACUUGGAAACUUCACCAAAAAGGCACUGCAGAUUCAGCUGGAUAGUUUGCCAGAAGUACCGUCACUAGUUGAAGUGCCUUGCCUGUCCGCCCAGCUGGAUGACUCAUUCCUUGCUAUAGUGAAAGACAGGAUUGUUGUUCAUGGUACAGUAGCAUCUCACCCCCCUGUACAGAUUGAAGAGCUUAUAGAAAGGCCAGGAGGGAUUCUUGUUCGGUGGUGCAAAGUUGAUGAUGACUUUGUUGCUCAGGAUUAUCGACUUCAGUAUCGUAAAAGCAUCUCAAGCCAUUAUGAAGAUGUGUAUGUUGGACCAGAAAUGGAGUUCAUAGUUUUGCACAUUGAUCCCUUUGUCGAUUACCAGUUUAGGGUGUGUGCACGGGGAGAUGGUCGUCAUGAGUGGAGUCCCUGGAGUAUUCCUCAAACUGCACAAACCACACUUGUGCCACAUGAGUGGCUUCCUGGCGUUGAUGGGUACAGCUUAAGCAGUCGAAGAAACAUAGCACUCAGAAAUGACUCACCAGCCAGUGGAGUGCUUUAUUCAAAUGCAGCUACCUGGUUAUGUGGACAGACAUUAACAUUCAGGAUUGAAGGUAUUGGGCAACCAGACAAAAAAGAUAGCAUAGGUGUUUGUGUGGAGUGCCAGGACGGUUAUGACUCUUUACAAAGAGACAAAGCAGUGUGCAUCAGUACAAACGGUACGGUUUUUGUUAAUGGGAAAGAGAUGACUAACCAACUUCCUAUGAUUUCUGCUGGAUCAACAAUCACUUUCGACUUGGAAAUUGUCAAUAUAUGUUUAUCCAAUGGAACAGAAGGUGAAAGCUUAAAGCUUCGAGUAACUAUCAGUUCUGGGAACAGAGAAGUUGUGUUUGAUUGGUUACAUGACCAGCCAUGUGACUCACUUUAUUUUGGAUGUUCAUUUACAUAUCCUGGAUGGAAAGUGCUAGUAUUUUAAUCCUUUUGGUGGAUAUUAUAGAACUUUUUCAUUUUCCUGUGAAAUAAUGCCAUUUAAAUUUUAGCAACACAAGUAUUAUUUUGGGAUUCGGGUGGUGUGAGGGUGGGCAAAGAAUUGACAAAAUUGUAAUGAAACAGUUAAUUUUGAAUUUCCUUAGAGGUCACAUUAAAGUGAAAAUCUUUUGGAGCUGUUUUUAAAUGUUGCAUUUUCCUUUUUGUAAGAUGCAAUGAUUGCAUUACAGUGAGGUAGCGCUGAAAGCAAGUCCUUAGAAUAACACAUCUUACUAAGUUAAGGAAAUGUUGUUACAGAAGACAUAAUUGUUUUCCAGAACAGUAACUUUUAGAAACAUCAGAUAAAAUAAACCACUCAAAAUGCAUAUGUAGCAAUUUUGGUUGAAGAAUGCCAGGGUUACAUUAUAUGUUUAAAAUCUACAGCAAAAUCAAGUUUAUGAAGUAAAAUUUAAUUAUUAUUAAGCAUUGUUCAGUGGUUUACACAAUGUACACUGAGUACUCCAUUUUAUUUUACAGCCUUGGGAGUUGCUGCAGAUUCUUUUUAAAACAUAAAACAUAUAAUUAAUGUUUCAAAGGUACAUUUAUUUUCCUAUACCUAUGAACUCAACAGCUGCUCAGGGAAUCCUAAAAUUUAAACCAGCAGUGCAUUUUAAAAAAAAUAAGAAAAAAGUCACUUGACAGCUAAAAUGUAUAAUAACUAUGUUAGUUAUUUCAAUUUUAUUUUGUAUUUUGUACUUUGAAAUCAACACAUAAUUUUCUUUCAGACCUGUUUCUAGUUAAAAGCCAGCUGAGGAAGUUUGAUAGUACUGUGCUUUUACUUCAAGAGAUAUUUCUGCAGUAGGUGUUCUGAAACUUCUGAUGGUGUUGUCCUAGCUCAGGAAGGUUUUUUUAUAGGCAAUCUUUUAGUGACCUGCCAUCUGUCACUGACAGGUUUCUUUGUCAGAUGGCCUCACAAAGAGGUAGAAUCUACCCACUCAUCAGUCCUUUUCCAUUAGGGUUACACUCUAAGUCAUCUCAACUUAGCUCAUUGCUGAACGUUUAGUUUGUUAAUUUGACAGAAAGAAAUAGACACAAAAAUGCAAUUUUAUGGGGCACUUGCAGGGUAAGAACGUCAUACUUGAUGUUUCUCACUUCUUCUGGCAUCACGACCCAGGUACCAGCCCUGUCCAUUUUCAAAUAGAUGCUGAUGCCUGAAAACCAUGGAGGUUCAUCUGAUCAUUAAAAAAAAAAACUUUCCCAGGUGGAGAAAUCUUCUGGUCAUCCACACUAAAGUACAAAAGUGAGACAGCUUCUACUUCUGACAGGCACAUGCAAAA